CCCCUUCCAUGUCGACAGAGCACCUACUCAAGGACUUUAGCAGCAUCCUCGAGGGUGUCGCCAGUCCCGAUAACCAAGCCCGCCAUGAAGCGGAGACUCGGCUCGCACAGCUCACCGCCGAAUCUCCGGGGCCUGUUUUACUGCUUCUGGCCCAGAUCGGAGCGUUGGGCGUCGGCGGCUUCCAGGUCGAGUCGCGGCAGCUCGCGCUAGUGCUUCUCCGUCGCGUUGCCUUUGACACAAAUAGCGGACUCUUCCUCAAUGCUGCGGCUCGUGUGCCCACUGCGCCGUUCGAUGCAAUUCCUGAGGCGACGAGGGGCCGAAUCGAGCGUGUGCUCGUGGCCGGACUCGAGGACGAGAUGGACACGCGUAUCCGCAAGGCACUUGGCUCGAGCACCAGCGACUGGGUCAAAGGCAGCGCGAAGCGGCAACGUCCUUUUGUCGACCUGGGACCGGUCAUCUUCAGCCUCAUCGCCUCGAACCGCCCCUUCCAUCGAUUUACGUCCUAUCAGCUCCUGAGCGAAUCACCCAACCUCCUUUCUGAGAGCCUCUCGAACGAGACGUGGCCGAAGGAAAGGCUGGCUGAGCUUCUCUUCGCCGGCGUAAACGACCCUAGCAUCGAUGUAAAGAUCGAGGCUCUCCGCGCCCUCCGCGGUGUUAUGCAGGAGGGCUUCACGGUGGACGAAAGAGAGCGUUUCGGCCCUCCUCUGCUCGAGGCAUCCGUUACCGCUAUCGCCUCGAUGCCGUCUGACGUUCUUGUUCAUGCCCUCGAGGCACUGGUCGACAUCGCCUCCGACUUUCCCGAACUCUUCAUCGCAUCUUUGCCUUUGCUUAUCCCCUUUCUGGUUUCGUGCAUCGCCCCACCUUCCACCCUAUCCGGACACCCGUUCUCGCGCGUGCCGCACCGCGAAAUGGGAUGGGGCGCAUGGGAGGACAUGUCCGCGAUGGCUUUCGAGGUGUUAUUCAACCUCAUCAUUGCGGAUCGCGAUAACGUUUUGAUGUGGCAGAAUGGAGCCCUGGUUUCGGACGUUGUCGACGCUCUCAUCGGUCGCCAGAUCGCGUCGUUUGCCGCGGAGGGCGAGCAAUGUCAAGAGUGGAUAGAGACAGAAGAUCUGGAGGACGAUGACGAGACCUAUCCGGUGUACUCGGAGGAAAUGCUCAAUCGCUUGUCUAUGAUCCUCAGGGAUGGGUCCGUUCUCGCCGCUGUGGGACGGCAGGCCGCGCCGCUCAUUGCUCGAUCGGAGUGGCGUGCUAGAUACUGCACUCUAAUGGCGAUCGCGUCCGUUGCAGAAGGAUGUCACGAGACGAUGACGCAGGGACUGCAGCAGGUUCUGAACUUGGUUACACCGCUCGCCAUGGACGAUCAUCCUCGUGUGCGCUACGGCUUUCUUUACUGCAUUGGGGUGAUGUGUGAAACGCUCCACGGCGAGGUGCAGCGACAAUACUCCGACGCCACACUUCAAAUCAUCUUGUCGAUGCUUGAUGAUUCUGUGACAAGAGUGCGCGCGGCAGCAGCCGCAGCUUUAACGCACUUUGCCAAGGUGCAGGGGGCACCGCCAUCGCCGGUGGCGCCGAGAAUGGAGCUCAGACUGCCCGAGUUGGUCCAUGACGACGAGGAGGACAAAGCCACAUGGCAGAGGCCAUCCUUGGCGCCCAGACUGCAGCCUAUUCUCGAGCGACUGAUGAGCAGCCUCACUAAUGAGAAGGAGCCUCUGUACUUCCGCCAGGAGCUUCUGGAUGCCAUCGCGACUCUUGCCAAGACGGAGAGGAAGGCGUUCGUCCCUUACUAUCGCGACAUCAUGGACUUUAUCCUACGCACCCUUGAGAAGUCUGCUACCGACGAGUCACAGGUCAAAUUCGUGUGCAGUGCACUUAUGUGUGCAGUGCAGCUUGGACGAGCUGUGGGCAAAGGGCACUUCUUCGGCGACGCAAUUCCCUUGUGCAAAAUCAUGCUGAGCAUUCAAAACUUGCCCAAGCCGGAUGAAGACCCUCGCGUUGCUGUGCUCGGGGAGGCAUGGGUCAAGAUGGCUAAGACGAUCGGCAAGGAUUUCUCGCCGUUCCUGCAGUUUGUCCUGCCCAACGUUCUAAAAAAGGCAGAGUAUACGCCCGCUGCCAAUGACGACGACGCCUGGUACGACCAGUCACGUUCAGCCGAGAUGCAGGAGAAGGAGGAGGCCUUCGCCCAGCUCCAAGUCUACGUCUUGGUCAUGGAGGAGAAGUACGCUCCCUUCUUGUCAGACACGAUGGACGUCGUGCUGGCUGCAGUGGCGUCGUGGGGCUCGGAAUCUGUGCGCGAGUAUGCGUGCUUCCUCAUUCCUGGACUACUCCAGGCGGCCAAGGACGCCAACAUGUGGCUCGGAGAUGCGGGCAACCUUGAAGGGCUGUUCCGCAUGCUGAUCAACGCCAUUCCGCACGAGGAGGAGGCUACAGGCGUCGCGCAGCUGUACCAAUCCAUGUUCGACUCGCUGCGUGUUAUCAACAUGCCGUUACCCGCAGGCAACGUGGCACAUCUGAUUCGCACGUCGCUCGACUGGCUGCGCAGCCUGUACGAGAAGCGUGUGGACCGCGCAGCCGAGCAGCACCGGUACACCAAGCGCACCGACUACGAGGAGUGGGCUGCCAUCGAGCAGAUUGACGAGCAGUCGGAGGAUGAGGCGGUCACCGGCAUGUACGAGGUCCUCAAGCUCAUACAGCACGACCCGAACGCGCUCAGUAUCGUGGGCGAGGUGUUCGCGAUGACGCAGAAGGUGCAAGGCGCCAGGUGUGAGUGGUAGAGUGGUAGAUUCCUGGGAUGUAUAUGUACCAUGUUAGUUAUUGAGGACGGCUGUACUGAGCCGUGUGGAUGCACCUUAAUACGUCCG